GCCGCCGCCACCUCAAGAUUUUCUUUUCGGCUCUCUUCAAACACCGUCAGCAUCUUAGAUUUGCAAUAACACAUGCAUCGCUAGCCACUUGAAUUGAGCACAAGCUUGCGCGCACCUUUAACAAAAUAUUAAAGAGUUAUAUAAUUCUAGUUGAGUUUCAGUUGAAGACGUGAACGGAUCGUGAACGGAAGGUCGUGGGUCUCCAUUGAGACGUUUGUAGAGCUCUUUUACGAUAAACCGUAUGAAUCGCGAGUUAUUUGUUUAUGUUUUUGUUGUUUGGUGAUCAAUUGUCGAAUAUUAGAAUGAACGUUACAUUUUCAAAUUGAAAAAGAUUAUCUGACAACUGAUUGAAUUUUCAAGUUAAGAUUGUUCGGUUAGAUGCAAACUGUUGCUAUAGAUUUUCAUCAACAGACACUAGUGUAACACUUUUCAACAAACGAGGAAGAUUUCAAUAUUUUGGAUUACCAGUUUGCGGUGUAUCAUACGAAUUGGUUUUGAUACUUUGGAAAACGAGUAUCUUUUAAACCUUCCGAAUUAUUCGAUGGGCUUGCGGUUGUGAUGGAAUUUAUCAACAUGCAUCGAGUGCUCUUAGUUUUUAGUGUUUUAGUUGUAAUUUUUGAAAUUUGUGAUUCACAAAUUGGAGCUCAAAGUUUGUACAGUAAAAGAUAUGAUGAUUUAGAUAUCGAUGCAAUACUGGCUAGUCCUCGUUUAGUUACAAACUAUGUAGAAUGCUUGCUGAACCGAAAACCAUGUCCACCAGAAGGAAAGGAAUUAAAGCGAAUCCUUCCAGAAGCCCUAAGAACCAAAUGCAGUCGAUGCUGGCCUAAUCAAAAAGAGGGUGCCCUCAAAGUAAUUACAAAACUGUACUACGACUAUCCCAAACAAUAUCUAGCUCUUAGAGAACGCUGGGAUCCAACCGGCGAAUAUCAUCGCAGAUUUGAAGAAUAUUUAAGAGAUCAUCAGUUCAAUGUUAUCAGUGGAAAUGGACUUGAUGGUGAUAUUAACAGGGGUGAUCAAAGUCAAAUCACUGAACAGGUUAGUCCACCAGAUCCAUCACGACGACCAGUACAAGUCACACCACAAAUUCAAUCUACAACAUCGAGAGUAAUAAAUCCAGAACUAACACAACGUCCGAUUCGUCAAAAUGACAAUGAAACACCAAUUGUACAACGUGACGAGCAACCAUCGUUCAUUGCUACACGAUUUGGUGAUGAUUCAGCGAGUGUUCCAGAUUCGACAACACGACGACAAAUACCACCACCAACCACCCAACCUCCAACUCAGUCCGGGCCAACAACCCAAAGGCCUCCACAAAUGCCGUCAUCGAACAAUGGAAUUGGUAAUACGGAUCCAACUUAUACGGCAACAGUCAGUACAUUCAAAACGCGCAACCCAAUCCUAAAUUUAAUUAAUCGACUAAGUCUUAAGUUCACCAACACCGCCGAGUUCUUGGCCGGAAUGAUACGUGGCACAGUAAAGGUAAAAUUGGGUUCCUUCAAGGUUCUCCACUACCAAUAGGCAGCUUUCGGAAGCAAAUUAAACCCUCUCACAACCACCGCAAUACCAAAAUAAAACACAAUAAAACUAACUUAUGCUGCAUAGCCUGCAACACUCACCCACCAGCUUGACUUAAUUUUGGCUUGAAACAUUCUAAAUUUAUCCUUUUUUUACCCUCAUCCUUUUUGGGUCUUUUAUUCUUAUUCUAUUGCAGCCAAAUAAGAAAAAGCUUCCACCUAAAAGUUCCACAACAAAACGUUCUCUCCCACGGGCCGCUAAACGGUCCAAUUCCCACCGUAAAAAAUCAACCCCUAAAAAGAAUUCCCGUCCUAGAAAAACAGCUUCCAGACGACGUAACUGAUGAUGAGUGUUCAGAAGGCCAAGAGAAAUUGGCCAAUUACUUUCAACCCUUCUUUUCAUUUAGAAUGUAGCCAGGCAGGCAGUGUUUUUCCAAUGGUAUUCAAAUGAAUUUUUGGUUUCAAUUGCAGAGGACCUGAAAUUUGCCGUUUUAGGCUUAUUCUUCGAAAAGAUAUUAUCCAUUAGAACGAUAUUUUAGGAUCUGUUAGUUAUUUUUAAUUGCAUACUGAAUGCGGUGAGUGAUUAGCACUUGCUUGGAUAAUUUUAACUUUUUUUGUUGGUUUGUAAGAUGUUAUUUGACAUCAUUUGUUAGAAGUGAAACAAGAGAGGUGCUCCCAAUACUGGAUGAAAAGUAAAAAGAAAAACAUAAACAUUGAAGAGAACAAAAAAACCCUCGGCACAUCGAGGAGGUACUCAAUUGACAAUUAUCCCUAAAGAUAAGAUAAAAUAGACGAUGGCAAUUUAUGCAGAUAUUUUCGUGAUAUAUUCCAUGUUCGUAAAUACUUCAAAUUUAAUAUGAUAUAUUUUUAUUACGAGCAAUUUUUUUAUACUUAUUUCUUAAAUAAUUACAUUGUUAUUAUUUUAUAUAUAUAUAUAAUCUAAAAUAUAAUAUAAUAAAUAAAAGA